AUGAAGCUCAGAGCAGGACAAACACUGGGCACCACCCGCAGACAGUGCAAACUUCUUCUGUUACUGCUCUUGGGCCUUGUGGAUGGUGUCCAGCAUGUACUUUCCCCAAGCUCAGCCCAAAGGAGUAGAGCCCUGGGCUCUGGAUCUUCAGGGGGAAGCAGCAGGCCGCAUCUGUGGGCCCUGCCAGGCAGGUUCCUGUUUCAGAUCAUCCCAUGGAGAACUGGCCCCAGGCGCUGGCCCUAUGGGCGUCCCUUUGAGCCCCAGCCAUGCUUGAGCUUUGGUGACGGAACCCGGCUCACAAUUCUAGGCCAGCCCAAGUCCGACCCCUUGGUCACUCUGUUCCUGCCUUCCUUGAAGAAUUUCCAGGCUAAUAAGGCCACACUGGUGUGUCUGGUGAGCGAAUUCUACCCAGAUACUUUGGUGGUGGACUGGAAGGUAGAUGGAAUCCCUGUCACGCAGGGUGUAGAGACAACCCAGCCCUCCAAACAGACCAACAACAAGUACGUGGUCAGCAGCUUCCUGACACUGAUAUCUGACCAGUGGACACCUCACAGCCGAUACAGCUGUCAGGUUACUCAUGAAGGAAACAUUGUAGAGAAGAGUGUGUCACCUGCUGAAUGUUCAUAG